UUAUAGCUAAAAUUGGGACUACCUCUUUAUGGCUGGUGCAGAGACUGAAAAGAAAGAUGCUUACUUGGACCGGGAGGCCUACCCGGUAGCUGGCCGAAUAAUUCUCAUUACAGGAGCCAGUGCAGGAGUGGGCAAGGAAGCUGCUCGUGACCUGGCCUUGCGAGGAGCCACAAUUGUGAUGGGAAAUAGAGACCUGGAAAAGAGCAACCGGGUCAUCCAGGCUCUUCGAGAAGAAGAGGGAAAUGACAAAUUACCCGAGGGCCGCAUUGUGGUGAAGAGAUUGGAUUUGGCAGAUUUGGAAAGCGUGAGAACCUUUGCAGAGGAGAUUAAGAGAGAGUAUCCUGUUAUUGACGUUCUCAUCAACAAUGCUGGUAAAAUGGCAGGUCCUAGAAUAGUUACGAAAGAUGGAUUCGAGUCUCAGUUCCAGACGAACCAUCUGGGUCAUUUUUUGUUGACACACUUGCUAAUUGAUAAUAUAAUCAGUUCUUCCAAUAAACCGCGAAUUAUCAAUCUAUCAUCGAAAGCUCAUGAAAGCGCAAAAGCUAACUUUUUAGAGGACUUGCAAUGCGAAAAGUCCUACCCAUCUCAAGGUUUUGGAGCUUACUGCAACACGAAGCUAAUGAAUGUUCUCUUUACUAAAAGUCUAGCUGCAAAAUACGCUGGAAAAGUCAACACAUACGCUGUUCAUCCGGGUUUCGUAAAAACCGAAUUGGACCGAUCCAGUAAAAUAUCUCAAUGUGUAUACAUGUUGACAGGAUUCUUUGCUAAGACUGAAAAACAGGGCGCACUUACUACUAUAUAUUGCACUGUGAGUGGGAAAACAAGCGAAGAAACAGGGUUGUAUUAUGCAGACUCUGCUGUAAAGGAACCUACUAAGAUAGCGAAGGAUCCAGAGCUAGCUCAGAAGCUGUGGGAUGCGAGCUGUGAGCUCCUAAAUAUAAAAUGGGGGGUCUAAAAUUAUUGUAAAUUGUAAAUUAUGGCAAGUUUUUUUCCACGUGAUUCAAUGCUUUUCCUUAGCUUCCCCCUUAGUUCCUCAGCUCUAUCAUGAAUGCUUUCUUCAAUUUAUUUAAGGGUUCUGGAAACCUAACUUCAUCAAACCAUCUUGUGACCACGCUAGUAGCAGAGAUUCAUAAAUGUAAAAUUAGCCUCUUAGGUUGAUCUUUUCAAACAAUGGUUUUUUACUAAUAGUGUAGCGUGUUCAAAUGUGUUUUACUCCUGAUUGUUCAACGGUGCAGAAUAUUUCCUUAAUAUCUUUUCUACGAUAAAUUCUACCUCCUUUGAUGGAUUUUAUUACAAUAGAUGUCAAUCUUUAUCUUAAGCUUGAAAUAAAUCCCCCUCUCUAUUGUUUUGCAAUUGAGCUCAAGCUAGCUUGAAGCCAGGAUUUAAUGAAUGGUAUUUCGGGAGUCUAAAGAAAGGAUGUCGCCCUUUGAUUUUUAUUGACCAUCUCUCGAAGCGUCUCGAAACGACCUUUGCAAUUGACCUCGAAUUGAAUCCAAAAAUCUUGAUGUCUGUGUGAUUGAAAUUGAAUUAGCUGACCUGAAAGUCUCGUUCUUUUUAUGGCUCCCAUCUUUUGACGUUCU